GGUGAUUUUUAACAGGUGUGGCAACAGGUUUUGUGCCCCACAUAAGCUGAAUGAUGUCUCCUAAAAAGAAUCUGAGAGUGACAUUGGUUUAUUUGACUCUCUCUGUGGUGGGAUGUUUUACCGUACUGCCAGUAGGAGACACAAAUGGAAAACAUGAUCUGCGCAGACAGGACAAAGUACAACUUUGGGAAGAUAUAAGAAGUGUAAAUCCACCAAGUCAAAAUCCAAUAAUAGGCACUAUUCAAAGAAAUUUCGCUCCAUUUAAGAGUGACUAUCAAUCAAGCAGGAUCAACCAUGCCCCAUACAACCCAAGAAAUGAUGGAAAUACCAAAAAAACAAGCUUCAGCUCUGUUGUUCCAAGUCGUUUUGCAGAUGUUAAGUAUUAUCAUACAAGCCAAGCCAAUGUCAAUAGUAAAAAUAAUCCUCUCGAAUUAGCAGGUGUCAAUUCUGAUGCCAACAACAGAUAUGCUUUCCAAAGAGUUCAACAGAAACCAAAUGCCCUUCAUUUUACAGGGAGCCAAAAAAGUGAUACUAAUACAGCCUUAAGGGUAACAAUGGAGGAAGGUCUUGGGACUGGAAUGGAUCAUCCAAGUGUAUAUACUUACGGACUCUUUUCAAAGCCUAAAUCAGAAGUGCACCCUGACAGUUCACAACCAUUUGAAUUCAAUUUAAGGCAAAAUAUUUCUGUCCAGCCAUUCAUCAGACCAGUGUAUGCUGAGAAGACGUCAACAGAUUAUGUGUCUAGAAAUUUAAAUGUGAACCACAAUAAUGAUGGAAGCAUCCUAUAUGACAAUAGAAACGAUGCUCAAGUUACUGGCCAAAAUGAGAGAAUGUCAAGGAAAGUCAUGCCAGUGAGCAAGUCUCUCACUAUUGUAAGGGGAAAUAAUAAGGUGGAUGCACCAUUAUCACAUGUCUUUGCUACUGGGACAACAGCCAUAAAAGUUUCUGAUGAUAAUAUGAAACGUGAAGGUUUCACCAAGGUGUUCGCACCUCCAGUGGUAGCUACAGCAUUUACAAAACCACAUUCAGACAGAAACCACAGCAUCAUUCCACUGAUAAAAGCUCAAAUUUUUUCUGUUCCAGUUGGACGGCAAGAUUAUAAAAGAAUUGCCUCUCCAAUCACAAUUCAGCAAAGUAGCUUUCAGUCAAAAAAUACAAAAAUAAAUGGGACCAUCAAUGCUUCUAAGGGCUUUCAACGUGAUUCACUGACGUCUACACAAGAUGGUUACUGGAAUGGGGGACGUAGACAGAAUCCUAUUGUUCCAAAUUUUCACAGUCAAUGGAAGUACGAUAGUUUGGCUGCGGAUAGAUCUGCUAUCACACCACCAGUGACUAACAUCGCCCACUCUUACAAAGGAUUCCAAUCGGUUAAAACCAGUGGCGUCCAAAGCCAGACGUCUGUUGCAUCCAGCUGGCCUAAACAAAACAUUGCGUACAAUGAAAAAGCAAAAUCUAGUUCUCCAAAAAUCUUUUCCACUGAAUUGAGAACUAAUAUAAAACUACCAGUCACAAGUUCUUCACUAGGGAUGUCGAGUUUGCAUAAUACAGGCAAAGGAAAUUCUUGGACUUCCUUAGGCCGAAGUACAGAACAGUCAUUAUUUGUUAAAAAUUAUCCUGACCCAGAUCCCAUGCCGGAUAACACAAUGUCUGCGUUUGGCUCACAUAAAAAUUCCGAUAUGUCUAGUAGCCAAAAUCGACCAUAUUAUCUAACCCCUAAAAAGCCGUAUGCUUUUAAAGGUUUUACAUUUUUCCCUACAAUGCCAGCACCUCCACAACAAACAAAAAUGCACUUUGACCAAAAACAUCACCCAAGCUCCUUAUCUUAUGCUGUCCAAUAUGCCUCUGCUCAUCCCCAUCCUGCCCUAAGUGUGCCAAAAGCGGUGAAGCAUCUUGUUCAACCUCAAAAUCCUUUGAUGUCCAACAGCUACAAAACCACUCAGUCGGUUAAAGUUCAGCUAGAUGCUGUAAAUAAUAGAGCUUAUGGUAAUGUCUCUCUUAUUGGAGCUGAACGUAACAAACACUAUGAUGCUCCUAAAAUGAUGACAUCAUCUCUGGGUGGCACCAAAACAUCAACAGACCUCGGUCCACAUAACAGAGCUGUUUACCCACAGAACAAUCAAAGAGGGCGAUUCAAAAUUAUAACAGAAUCCCAAUUUGACACUAGUCAAUUAGAAAUGUCUCAGAGGUGGACUUUAGGAGGACUUGCUCCAUCCCAGAACACCCCAUCGCUGGAUGAAAGUCGAAAAGGUUUACGGAAAUCUAGCCAAAGCGAAUCCACAUUAGAGAGAUCAACAAAUGGCAUGUUUGCUAGACCCAACACACACAGUAGUUUAUUCAUAAAAUCUAGCAAUGUUAACACUAAUGCAGGCAAUGCGCUCAACGCCCGUGACUCGACGGUGGCCACAGGAACCACAAUCACAAAUCCUCUACACAGAUUCCCCACUGUAUAUCGUAAAACGGGUUCAUCACAGAGUAAGAAUAAUCCUAUAUCAGAAUUUAUCCCUUCAAUCCAUAGAUCUACUUCUCCUCCUAAUAAAGUAACUGGAUAUCCUCUUGCACCCAAUGUUGUUCAAGCACAUAAAAGUGAUGAACAGAAGAACUUCGAGGCAAAUAAUGGUUUAAUCAAUCUAGCCAAGGAAAUAAAGCAGGACAGAAACAAUAAAAGCUACAAUGUCAUGAGAUUAGGACCAACAAGCAGCAUUGUGAUUGGUAGGCGUGUUGAAGCUAGCAAAGAUGGAAAGAACUCAAACAACCAGAAUGUCUACGCUUUUCCAACUUCUCAAUCAGCAAUAUAUCGAUCUGCUAAUAGCACUGCAAAGCCUGUUUACCUGCCAACUAUACACAGAUCUGUGAUCAAACCCUUUGGUAAAGAUGACUUUUUGAAUAAUGAAACCGCUUUGAUCUCUGUGAACAGAAGUGCCUCAGAAAUGGAUAUUGACCUCAGCGCUGUUGGGGUGUCCCAGACAUCAAGACCCACAAGCAGCUUUGUAGUCGGAAAAUCCAGAUCAUCGAAGAUAAAAGGCUUACAAAAUUAUAAACCAAUUCGGUUUGCAGAUGUAGCAGGUACUGCCUCCUUUAGUGGUAUGAAACAAAGUUCUGUUGACCCCAUAAAAGUGGCUCUCAAAAACAUUUCCAGUUCAACACCAAGAAUGGAGGAAAGCUUAAAAGACCUUUCUUUAGCCAAAGAGACAGACAAUUUCACUGUGUUUUCAGACAUGGGAAACCUAUUUGGAAGUGCUUUUCGAAAUACAGCAAGCGUAAGUGUUCCUGGACUCGUGCCAACAGCUGUCACCACAGAACCCCAAAGCUCAUUUACUGAAGUCGAUACUGCACCUCAAUCAACUGCGAAUUCUUUUGAGCCAGAGCCAAAUCCUGGGAAUGAAACCACGCCCACAGAAGACAGCAUUAUUCCAUUCGAUGAGGAUAUCUUGAUACCCAACACCACCAUGUUGGUAACAAUGACCUCCGAUUGAGUUUUCUAUGUACUCCGUGACCUCAGACCGAGUUGUCCAUGUAUUUUAAUCUGGCUUCAAUGACUGACUGCAUAGUUGAGCGCAAUGUGAAACGCAUCUGUCAUCUGCUAGAUGGCGUAAGAGCUGUUGAGACCUGAAUUCAUGUUCACUUUAAAUAAACU